UUCAGUUGUUCUUAUCUUCAUCCUAGAAUCGGGGGCUUCAACACAGUGCGCUUUUUAUGAUUAUUAUUCUUUUGCUGCACAAAACGUCUGCACUGUGCUUUGUGGAUUUUUUUUUUACAAAAAAAUUAUUCAAUCCCUGAAACCAUAGCAAAUCUUUUGAAGAGUUGAAGCUUUUCAAGACCCAAUAUUUGCCAUUAAGAAUGGUUAUGAUAAUUAGCACCAUGGAGCCUCAGGUGUCGAAUGGCCCUACAUCCAAUACGACCAAUGGACCCUCCAGCAACAGUAGAAACUGUCCUUCCCCCAUGCAGACAGGGGCUGCCACAGAUGACAGCAAAACGAACCUCAUAGUCAACUAUUUACCCCAGAAUAUGACACAGGAGGAAUUCAGGAGUCUCUUUGGAAGCAUUGGUGAAAUAGAAUCCUGCAAACUUGUGAGAGACAAAAUUACAGGGCAGAGUUUAGGGUAUGGAUUUGUUAACUAUAUUGAUCCAAAGGAUGCAGAGAAAGCCAUUAACACUUUAAAUGGACUCAGACUCCAGACCAAAACCAUAAAGGUGUCAUACGCCCGUCCAAGUUCAGCAUCAAUCAGAGAUGCUAACUUGUAUGUUAGUGGCCUUCCAAAAACGAUGACCCAGAAGGAACUAGAACAGUUAUUUUCACAAUAUGGGCGCAUCAUCACCUCACGAAUUCUGGUUGAUCAAGUCACAGGUGUCUCUCGGGGUGUGGGAUUUAUCCGUUUCGAUAAGAGAAUAGAAGCAGAAGAAGCCAUAAAGGGACUAAAUGGCCAGAAACCUAGUGGUGCUACAGAACCAAUUACUGUGAAGUUUGCCAAUAACCCCAGCCAGAAGACAAGCCAGGCACUCCUUUCGCAGCUUUAUCAGUCUCCCAACAGACGCUACCCUGGACCACUACACCACCAGGCUCAGAGAUUCAGGCUGGACAAUUUGCUUAAUAUGGCCUAUGGCGUAAAGAGGUUUUCCCCGAUCACAAUUGAUGGGAUGACGAGCCUUGUUGGAAUGAAUAUUCCUGGCCACACUGGGACUGGAUGGUGUAUCUUUGUCUACAAUUUGUCGCCCGACUCAGAUGAAAGUGUGCUGUGGCAGCUCUUUGGCCCCUUCGGAGCAGUUAAUAACGUCAAGGUGAUCCGCGAUUUCAACACCAACAAAUGCAAGGGAUUUGGCUUUGUCACUAUGACCAACUAUGACGAAGCUGCCAUGGCAAUUGCCAGCCUUAAUGGAUACCGUUUAGGAGACAGAGUAUUGCAAGUUUCCUUUAAAACCAACAAAACCCACAAAUCCUGAAUUUCAUAUCCUUACUUACUAAAACAUAUAUAUAUAUAUAUAAAAAUAUAUAUACGAACAAACAAAAACUCUGCAAGGCUUAUAUUCAACCAUGGACUUUAUAAGCCAGUGUUGCCUAAGUAUUAAAACGUUGGAUAUCCUGUGAUGAACAGGAAAGGAUUUUAUAAUGCUUAGAAAAAAAACAAAAACAAAAAAAACCUUUGAUGCAUUGAAUGUUCUUUCAUAGCUGUCGUUGUUGAAUAUAAUAUACAUAGAUAACAAUGUGCAGGGAUUUUUACCCGGCUAGCUAGUUUUACUACCUUCCUUGAAGGUGGCUCUUUUUAAGAUGACCAUUCACUCAUUUGAAAAAAAUAAAAAACAAAAACAGUUUUUACAAACUAAAGGGAUUAAAAGAAAGAAAAAAGAUUUUUUCU